UGAGGUGAAAAGGUAAAGAGGUCAUUUUGAGUCAGCCGCACCAGACGUGCAGAAGCAACUCUGUCAUUCAGCGUACUGUUGGACAAAAACUCCCCGGCCAUGGACUGCGAUCGCCCAAAGGAGCGCCCCGUCCUCAUGUGGCGGCCAGAUCCUAAUCGUGUCACCAAAAUGGACAAGUUCCGCGAGAGGGUCAACAACAAAUUCAAUCUCAAACUGGAGUGCUAUAAUGACUUGUUCAGGUGGUCUAUUGAGAACUAUGCCGAGUUCUGGGAAGAAGUCUGGAUCUUCUGUGAUAUCCUCCACUCCAAGAUAUAUGAUCAGGUGGUGGACAUGAGUAAAAACAUAGCAGAGAUUCCCCAGUGGUUCCAGGGCUGCAGGAUGAACUAUGCAGAGAACAUGCUGAGAUACAGGGAUGACAGGGUGGCUAUAUAUGCUGCAGCGGAAGGCAGGGAGGAGGUUGAGAAGAGAACAUUCCGCGAGCUUGCCGAUAACGUGGCCGUGUACGCAGCCGCCAUGAAGAAGAUGGGAAUUAAGGAGGGAGACAGAGUUGUGGGUUAUAUCCCUAACUGCUGUGUGACUAUUGAAGCCAUGUUGGGAGCAACCAGUCUAGGUGCAGUCUGGAGCUCAACCUCUCCUGACUUUGGAGUCACUGGUGUACUGGACAGAUUCACCCAGAUCCAGCCCAAGCUGAUCUUCUCCGUCGAUGCAGUCAGGUACAACGGAAAACAACAUGCUCACCUGGAUAAACUACAGAAGGUUGUAGAAGGGCUUCCAGAGUUGGAAAAAGUGGUGAUUAUUCCAUAUGUAAACAAGAAAGAAGAUAUAGAUAUAUCAAGCAUUCCAAAAAGCUUGUUUCUUGAUGACUUCCUUGCCUCUGGGAAGGAUGGAGAAACUGUCCCUCCCCUGGAGUUUGCACCUCUUCCCUUCAACCACCCCCUGUACAUCAUGUACUCCUCCGGCACCACCGGCCCACCUAAGUGUAUGGUACACUCUGCAGGGGGCACCCUUAUACAGCACCUGAAGGAACAUGUCAUCCAUGGGAACAUGGACCGUGAUGACAUCAUGCUCUACUACACCACAGCUGGCUGGAUGAUGUGGAACUGGCUGGUAUCCUGUCUGGCUGUGGGUGCUGCAGUCGUACUGUAUGACGGAUCACCCCUGGUGCCUACUCCUAACAUCCUGUGGGACCUGGUGGACAAGAUAGGGAUCACUAUACUGGGGACUGGUGCAAAGUGGCUGACAGUGCUGGAGGAGAAGGGUGUCCACCCCGCCCUGACCCACGACCUGAGCUCCCUCCACUCCAUCUUAUCUACUGGCUCUCCCCUCAAGCCACAGAGCUUUGAAUACGUCUACACCAAGAUCAAAAAAGACUUGCUGCUUGGCUCUAUUACAGGAGGCACAGAUAUCGUUUCCCUUUUUGCUGGACACAACUGCUCAGUCCCUGUCUACAAGGGGGAGAUCCAGUGUCGAUGUCUGGGAAUGGCAGUGGAGAGCUGGAACGAGGAAGGCCAGGCAGUGUUUGGUGAGAGUGGGGAGUUAGUCUGUACCAAACCGUUCCCCUCCAUGCCUACUGUCUUCUGGAAUGACCCUGAGGGAUUCAAGUACAAGAAGGCUUACUUUGCCAAAUUCCAGGGUGUCUGGGCCCACGGAGACUUCUGUGAGAUCAACCCAAAGACUGGAGGAAUUGUCAUGUUGGGAAGAAGUGAUGGAACCCUGAACCCUAAUGGAGUCAGGUUUGGCAGUGCAGAGAUCUACAACAUUGUGGAGGAGUUUCCAGAGAUCCAAGACAGUCUGUGUGUCCCCCAGAGGAACAAGUACCACGAGGAGAGAGUUAUCUUGUUCUUAAAGAUGUCUGCGGGAGCCUCCAUGUCUCAGGACCUGCAGAAGAGAAUACGUGCAGCCAUCCGCACGCAGCUGUCGGCACGCCACGUCCCCGCAAUCAUCAUGGAGACCGAGGACAUACCUUACACCAUCAGUGGGAAGAAGGUAGAGGUGGCCGUGAAGCGGAUACUGGCUGGGGAGGACAUCCAACAACGGGGUGCGUACUCCAACCCAGAGUCUCUCGAUCUCUACUACCACAUUCCUGAACUACAGGGCAACUGGUAGGAGAGAGCCAACAACUGUAGCAUGCAUAUGGCUAUUCCACCAGAGAAUUUGAACAUACAGACGACUUCUGGACAGAUUGGGUCAGGAAUUCAUUGACAAUCAAGAUACAGUCAAACCUGUCUAUACAUGUAGUUACCACUCUACUGAAUUGAAGAAUACUGUCACUAUAUGUCACUCUUGAUACUUUGGUUUGAAUUGUAGGCAACAAAAAAAAAGCCAAGGGACCACCUGCACAAUGGACGGCCGGUCCUUAUGCAGAGGUUUGGCUGAAUAUUUGGAAAUUGGAGGGUGAAUAUAAGAAAGUUUGUAGAUCUUUAAGGGAAAUGGUGUGUGUGUGACUCUUUGUUUUGGUGUAUGACUGUGACUGUUGAAAUUGUUACUGUUAUAAUGAUCCUGCCACUGGUUCUUGUUGUGAGAAUGAAUAUAUGCACAGUCUAUCUUGCAGAGACUAAUGUCUAAUGUAGACUGAACACAGUUAUGAGCAUCUUUACCUCAUAGGUAUCCUUUAUGCCCACGCAUUUUGAGAUUAUGCCUUAAUCAAACUCAGAACCAUG